AUCGCCAUCUACCAAGUCAACAAACACCCAGUUUCCAUCAUGCCCGGAAUCAAAGCGAUCAACAAACGACUGCAAUACGGACCUCACGUUCUCCUCCUCUUCCUCACGGUGUUUACCAUCUUCAUUUUGCUUAUCUUGAUCACCUUUUCGUCACCGUUCAUCACGACCAUAUACUUUUUACGGGCGGGUGUGGUCAAUUUUGGUGCCUUUGGAUACAACUCUCCCGGUUUUCGAUCGGAGGAUGUCUUGGGUUACGAAUACGGGUUACAAGUGCUGAACCCGCUUACGAAUGCGAUGAUUCUGUGGGGUAUCGCCACUGCAUUCGCCCUUUUCGCCCUCAUCUCUAUCAUCCCGUUACUCUGGGUCCACGACAGUGCCGCCCUACACGCCGUAGCCAAUAACACCUUUUUCACCUAUUCUUCGCAAAUCCUCACGCUCAUCGUCUUCCUCAUCUGGCCCAUGAGCAUCUUGGGAUGGUCGAUCGCUCAGCGAAGUUUCAACCUAUCGGAUCCGGACGUCAAUGCCACCUUGGGACCUGCCAUCUGGAUGGGACUUGCCGCGUGGAUCUUGGUCGGCGUCAUGCAGGCGAUCGGUUGGCCAGCCGAUGUUGGAGAGGGUCAGGGUGAUGGGUACUACCACUACCGUCAGACUACCAGAGAGGUCACCAGGCCUCGUGUUUAG